UUUGAAAGCUGCAAAGAAAUUCAAAAAAAAAAUACAAAAAAAAAUAUAAAUCAAAUUCGUGUACUUAAUUAUAAUAAAUUAUGCAUACGGGCGCAUAUAAUUUAAAUAAUUGAGCAGCUGGAAAUGUUUGAGGGACAGACCCGAGCAAAAAACAUGAUAAAUUGCUUGGCAUAUGAUUAAGGCCAGUUAUAGAGCUGCGGCUUAAGCCCAAAUUGGCAACGAGCAAGUGACGUGUUUAACGUGACGCUAACUGACAGCCAAAUCAGGCUCAUUAAAAACAAACUUGCAAAACUGUGUCUAAUCGUAGCCGCAUUGAAAUUGUAUCCCAACUUCAGCAUUACCAACUGAAUGACAUUCAUAAGGUACUCGUGGAUAUCACUUUGAAAAUAAAGUGAAAUGUAAACAAAGAGCAAAUCGAAGCUAGCUGAAACAGAAAAAUGCAAAUGCUAGACGAGUCGAGACAUUGUCGAGAAACUUGUUUGAGCCCUAAAAACUGGUAACUGGCAACAAAGUGGUCAGAACUGCAAUUGUAUGGCUGCAACACAGCAACAACAACAACAACAACAAGCAGAAUGGAGCAGAGCAGCAACAACAAUGGCUACCUCAAUCCCGCCUUUGUGGGCUCACCGAAUGCCUCCACCAUAUCCAUUCCGGGCGCCUAUAAAACCCAAACCGAGGGUGGCGCCACGCCCACGCCCAUAGAAAUUUCGACUGAGCGCAAAGCGAGUGAAGCGCAGGAGCCAAACGCUAGCCCGGAUGUGGAGCAGGGCAAACAACGGGAUGGCUGGAAUAAUGAUAUUGAGUUUCUUAUGUCCUGCAUUGCGCUGAGCGUGGGCCUGGGCAAUGUUUGGCGUUUUCCCUUCAUCGCACUGGAAAAUGGCGGCGGUGCAUUCCUGAUUCCCUACCUUAUUGUGCUCUUAUUGGUGGGCAAGCCGGUUUACUAUUUGGAAAUGUUGAUGGGACAGUUUUCAAGUCGCGGCAGCGUCAAGGUCUACGACUUUGUGCCCAUUAUGCGAGGCAUCGGCUAUGGUCAGGUGCUGGCCACGGGCAUUGUGACCACCUACUAUGCCACCUUAAUGGCGCUCACGCUGCGCUAUUUUGUGGAAUCAUUUUAUCCCACUCUACCCUGGAGCUACUGCCGCGAGGAAUGGGGCUCUAGCUGUUUGGAUUCGGCACCGCAUCAGGAGAGCGCUGUGAACGGUAAUCAGUCAACGGUGCGCACCACCUCGGCUGAGUUUUAUUUUACAAACAUUAUUCUGCGCGAGAAGGCGAGCAUCGAUGAUGGCAUUGGCUAUCCCAGCUGGAGUCUGUCCUUGACUUUGGCCAUUGCUUGGCUCAUUAUCGCGAGCAUUAUGUUCCGUGGCGUUAAGAGCUCUGGCAAAGCUUCAUAUUUCCUCGCUCUGUUCCCCUACCUGGUCAUGCUGAUAUUGCUGGUGCGCGCCCUGACCCUGCCGGGUGCUUCGGAUGGUGUCCUUUACUUUCUGAAACCACAAUGGCACAAGCUGCUGGAGCCGCAGGUGUGGUAUGCAGCUGUUACCCAGGUCUUCUUCUCGCUGGCCAUAUGCUUUGGCAAUAUUAUCAUGUACGCCUCCUACAAUCGUUUUGGCCAGAAUAUAUACAGAGAUGCCAACAUUGUAACCACAUUGGACACAUUCACCUCGCUGCUCUCUGGCAUCAUAAUCUUCGGCAUACUAGGCAAUCUGGCAUAUGAGAAUAACACAACGGACAUAUCAAGUGUGGUCAAUGGCGGACCGGGGUUGGCUUUUAUAUCGUAUCCGGAUGCAAUUGCCAAGUUUAAGGUGCUGCCGCAGGUCUUCUCGGUGCUGUUCUUUCUCAUGCUCUUUGUGCUUGGGAUUGGCAGCAAUGUGGGCAUGGUCUCGUGCCUGACCACCGUGUUGAAAGAUCAGUUUACACAGAUAAAACAGUGGCAUAUCGUCGUGUUUAUAUCGAUUGUUGGCUAUCUGCUGGGUCUGUUGUAUAUAACACCCGGCGGCCAGUUUGUGCUGAACCUGUUGGACUUCUUUGGCGCCACAUUUGUGGCCUUAGUCUUGGCCAUCUUUGAACUGGUGGCCAUUGGCUGGGUCUAUGGCGUGAAGCGUGUUUGUCGCGAUGCGGAAUUUAUGCUGGGCAUAAAGACAUCCAUCUACUAUCGCAUCUGUUGGGCUGUGAUAACGCCGCUGCUGAUGUUCGCCAUACUGGUCUACAUGCUGGCACUGUACGAGCCGCUUAAGUACAAGGACUACACCUAUCAGUCUGGCGUUUAUGUCUUUGGCUGGUGCCUGAGCGCCUUUGGCGUGGGCCAGCUGCUCAUUUGGGCGGUGCCUGCUGUGAGACGUCAGCCCGCCGAGCUAAGCCUUUGGCAGCGCAUACGCAAAGCUUUUGAGCCACUGCCCAACUGGGGACCCGCCGACCCCAACACGCUUAAGCGCUAUCAGCUCUAUGUGGAGCAGGCGAAUGUAAGCGCCCUGUUCCAGCGCAGCGGUAUCUGGCACAAAAUCUAUGACAAUAUCUUUGGCUAGCAAUAAAAAUCUGUAGCCUGUAA